GUGUGGGCUCCGACUUGACCCGGCUCCGGAGUCAAGUCACACCCAUGCACGGAAGUCAGUCAAACCUUUCAGAUUUCCACAUGCAUUUUUCCAUUUCUCCUCAGGCUUUCGAGCACUCACCAAUGGCAACCAGAGAAGACCCAUCAGCCCACACAACACCCAAUAACGCCGCCGCCAUGACACCACCAAUAUUCAUCGACACACCCACUCUCCGCUCACUCCUCUCCUACAAAACCCUAAUCCACCACCUCCAAACGUCUCUCCCCUCCGCCUCAUCCACCAUCCAAUCCCCAAUCCGCCAAUCCCACCAAACAAGCCCUUCCUCCUCUCUCCUCCUCAUGCCCUCCUGGUCUCUCUCCUCUUCCCUCCCUUACAUCGGCGUCAAACUCGUCACACACCACCCCCACAACUCCACCCUCAACCUCCCCGCCGUCCACGCCACCUACGCCCUCUUCAACUCCCUCACCGGCCAACCCCUAGCCUCCAUGGACGGCACAGAACUGACCCUCCAUCGAACCUCCUGCGUCUCCGCCCUAGCAUCAAUGUACUUGGCCCGUCCCGAAUCACAAACCCUCCUCAUGAUCGGUGCUGGCUCAUUAGCCCCACAUCUAAUCCGGGCCCAUCUCACAGCAAUACCCACUAUCAAGAAAGUGAUCAUCUGGAAUCGAACGCUCGACAAGGCUAGAAAAUUGGCCCAAACCAUGUCUAGUGAUGAUCAAUUGAAAGGUUUGUGUUUCGAGAGUAAUGGGUGUUUGGAGGAGGUGGUGGGCGCGGCGGAUAUAGUGAGCUGCGCCACCAAUUCGGAGACGCCCCUGGUGAACGGAGCUGAUUUGAAGGCGGGGACGCAUUUGGAUUUGGUUGGGUCGUUUCAGCAUUCGAUGAGGGAGUGUGAUGACGAGGCGAUUAGGAGGGGGAGAGUGUUUGUUGAUAACGCGGCGGCGAUGGAGGAGGCCGGCGAGCUGGUGGGGGCGUUUGAGAGGGGUGUGAUUUCGAGGGAGGAGAUUGGGGGGUGUUUGGUGGAAUUGAUCAGGGGAGAGAAGGUUGGGAGGAGGGAGGAUUCGGAGAUCACUGUGUUUAAAUCUGUUGGUUCUGCCGUGGUUGAUGUUGUUAGUGCUCAAUUGGUGUAUGAGACUUACAUGAAGAAUGAUCAGUCUCAUUAAUCAGCUAAUCUAUUGCUGUUGGCAAGUUGUCCAUGUUCUGCUUAUAUUGGAACUUUGUGGAGUAGAAUAAUUAUCAGAUUCUGAGAAUUUUGUAGAAAUAUUGAUCAAACUUUUUGUUAUGAACGAAAUCAUGUAUGAUUUUGUGUUGAUGUUCUCGUGUUGUAGAAUAAUGAUCAGAAUCAUGGCCUUUUUUUUGCAUAUAUGCCUUUAUGACAUCAUCAAUUUGACAUAUUAUAUCAUGUUAUAUGUAUAUGUAUACAUCGUCCAAUGGAGGGUGAAAUUUU